GAAACGAAACUGUCAGCCAGAGCUCGGCUUGCUGAAGAAAUCCAGCCAGGUGAUCCCGAGAGACGCUUCUGCAGACCCACGGGCCCAGGGCUCAUGCCCACCACCAUGGACCUCAGAACCACCCGUGCCAAGGACCUGGACAGGUUCAUCGAAGACCAGCUCCUGCCUGACACCGCGUUCCGCACAGAGGUCAAACAGGCCAUCGAUCUGAUCUGCGAGUUCCUGAAGGCAAAGUGUUUCCAAGGUGCCCCCCACCCCGUGCGGGUGUCAAAGGUGGUGAAGGGGGGCUCCUCCGGCAAGGGCACCGCCCUCCGAGGCCGGUCUGAUGCAGACCUGGUCGUCUUCCUCACAAACCUCAGAAGUUUUGAGGAGCAGAUCUCGCGGCGGGGAGAAUUCAUUGCAGAAAUCAGAAAACGACUGGAAGAGUAUCAGCUGGCGAGCUCAAAUGAUGAGCUUCACAUACGUUUUGAACCCCCGAACCCAAAGUGGGCCAACCCCAGGGUGCUGAGUUUUGUGCUGAGUUCCCCCAGGUUCCCCGGGAGGAUGGUGGAGUUUGACGUGCUGCCGGCCCACGACGCCCUGGGUCAGGUCACCAAAAACUACAGACCUGAUCCCGAAAUCUACAUCAGGCUCAUAAAGGAGUGCACCUCCCGUAACAGAGAGGGCGAGUUCUCCACCUGCUUCACCGAGCUCCAGAAGGCCUUCGUGAAGUGCAGGCCGACCAAGCUGAAGAGCCUCAUCCGCCUGGUCAAGCACUGGUACCAGCUGUGUAAGCAGAAGCUUGGGGGGCCGCUGCCAGCACAGUACGCUCUGGAGCUGCUGACGAUCUAUGCUUGGGAAAACGGCAGUGGGCAAAACCUUUUCAACACAGCCGAGGGAUUCAAAACCGUCCUGGAAUUAGUUGUGGACCAUAAGCAGCUCUGCGUCUUCUGGACGCAGUAUUAUGACUUUAAAAACUCCUUUAUCAAGAACUACCUGAUGGAGCAGCUCGGGAAACCCAGGCCUGUGAUUCUGGACCCAGCAGACCCGACUGGAAACCUGGGUGGUAAAAAUCCAGAGGGCUGGAGGCGGCUGGCACAGGAGGCCAAAGCCUGGAUGAGCUACCCGUGCUUCAGACUCUGGGAUGACUCCCUUGUGAGCUCCUGGUGUCUGGACGAAACAGCAAUGUGGGGAUAUCGGAAGCCUCAAGCAGACUAUGAGGCCCAUCAGGUGUUCUGGCAGUGCGAGCACAGAAGCCCACAUCCAGGCCCUGAUUUCCCGCGCAUGACAGCUCCACAGGACCAGCAAUCCUGGUGCACCGUCUUGUGACCGUUAGGCAUCUAGGGGAGUUGAGGGGGGACAGGAGGCCCAAGAGACAGCCAGAGAGGUUUAGAUAAGCGAGUGGCAUUCAGCCUUGAUUUCCACAUGUAUCUGACUCAUGAUCAAUGCCAAUAAAAACUGCAACAGA